UAAAUAUGGGCGUGGCUUUCCCGCCGCGCCGCACGCCGGGAGCGGAAGCGGCGGCCGCGUGGCAGAGGCAACAUGGCGGCCCCCGGCAGGAGGAAACUGGCGGAGCUGAGCCUGGACGAGUUCCUCGCUGCCGGCUCGGAUUCGGAGAAUGACGGCGGCUGGGAGGAGGAGGAGGAGAGCGGCGGGGCCCUCAACGGCGCUGCGAGGCGGCGGCGGCCGAGCGGGAAGGCGGCGCAGGGGCUGCCGGCACGGCCGGGCAGGAAGAAGGGAAAGGCAGCUGAGCACAAAGAUCAGCUCUCCAGGCUGAAGGACAGAGAUCCCGAGUUUUAUAAGUUUUUGGAGGAGAACGAUCGCAAGCUGCUGGAUUUUGAUGCCUCGGACAGCUCUGAGGAGGAGGAGGCUCUGCACAGACCCCCUGACACACUCGAGGAAGCCAGUGAUGAAGAUGAAGACGAUGAAGACGAAGAGCAAGAAAAAGUCAAAAGGAAGAAAGUUCCCUUCAUCCACGUGAGCUUGAAAAUGGUGGAAGAAUGGAAGAAAGCUGCCCAGAGGAAUCUCACCCCAAAACUCUUCCAUGAAAUCACCCAAGCCUACAAGGCGGCUGUGGCCACCACCAGAGGAGACAGUGGUGGUGACCCCAGCAAGUUCCAAGUGUCUGACACAGCAGUGUUCAAUGCCCUGGUGUCCUUCUGCAUCCGGGACCUCUUCCACCACCUUCACAAGCUGCUGCUCCCCAAAGCCCCCAAGAACAAACUCAAAAUGGUUCUCCCUUCCACCAGCCCCCUCUGGGGAAAGCUGCGCCUGGACAUCAAGGUUUAUCUUGGCUGUACCAUACAACUGCUGUCGUGCCUGACAGAGGCCUCAGUGGGUGCAGCAGUGCUGCAGCACGUGAAUUCCAUAGUUCCAUAUUACCUGUCCUUCCCAAAGCAGUGCCGAGCCCUCCUCAAGCAAACCAUCGCUCUGUGGAGCACAGGGGAGGAGACAGUCAGGGUCCUGGCCUUCCUGGUGCUGAACAAGAUCUGUCGGUACAAGAAGGAGGUUUACCUCAGCCCCCUGCUCAAGCAAAUGUACAUUGCCUUUGUGAAGAACUCCAGGUUCACCUCUCCCAACGUGCUGCCCAUGAUCAACUUCAUGCAGCGCACGCUGACCGAGAUGUUCGCCCUGGACACGCACACCUCUUAUCAGCACACCUUUAUCUACAUCCGCCAGCUGGCCAUCCACCUGCGCAGCGCCAUGACCGUCAGGAAGAAGGAGAACUUCCAGUCAGUCUAUAACUGGCAGUACAUCCACUGCCUGUACUUCUGGUGUCGAGUUCUCAGCACCAUCCACCCCAGUGAGGUCAUGGAGCCCCUGAUCUACCCCUUGACACAGGUCAUUAUUGGCUGCAUCAAGCUGGUGCCAACGACUCGGUUCUACCCCCUGCGCAUGCACUGCAUCCGUGCCCUCACCCUGCUGGCCGAGAGCACCAGGACCUUCAUCCCAGUGCUGCCCUUCAUCCUCGAGGUUUUCCAGCAAGUGGAUUUCAACAAGAAGCCAGGCCGGAUGAGUUCCAAGCCCAUCAACUUUGCCGUGAUCCUGAAGCUCUCCAAUGCCAACCUGCAGGAAAAGGCCUUCAGAGAUGGACUCAUUGACCAGCUCUAUGACCUGAUGCUGGAGUAUCUCCAUGGCCAAGCCCACAGCAUUGGCUUCCCAGAGCUGGUUCUCCCCACUGUCAUCCAGCUGAAAUCCUUCCUGAAGGAGUGCAAGGUUGCCAACUACUGCAAGCCCAUGCGGCAGCUGCUGGAGAAGGUGCAGGAGAACUCGGCCCACAUCUGCAGCAGGCGGCAGCGAGCGGCCUUCGGCGUGGCCAGCACCGAGGCCGUGGAGCAGUGGGAGAAGCAGGUGAAGGAGGAGGGGACACCCCUGACCAAAUACUACACCCAGUGGAAGAAGCUGAGGGAGAAGGAGAUCCAGCUGGAAAUCAGUGGCAAGGAAAGACUUGAAGACUUGAACUUCCCAGAAAUCAAGCGCAGGAAGCAGGAUGAGAGAAAGGAGGAGGAUAAGAAGGAAUUCAAGGAUCUCUUCGAGCUGGACAGUGACUCUGAGGAGGAGAAUGGAGGCUUCUCUGUGAAAGGGAAAGGCAGGGCCGGGCAGGCCUCAGAUGAGAGCUCAGAAGCCAGCAGCAAGGAGUUUGGGGAGGAGGACGACGAUGAAGAAGGAAAUUACGAAGUCGAGGAGGACGAGGAAGAAUUGGAAGAGGACAGCGAGUCAGAGGAGGAGGGCAGGGAAGCAGCCCGGGAUUCCCAGGAAAGGCGGCACAGGAGGAGCUGCCCCCGGGGGCUGUCCCGCUCCGACCUGGAGCAGCUGGCACAGGGCAGGGAUGACGUCGUGCAGGACCUGGAGUUCUCUGAUGAGGACUGAGCACCCCCAGCAGCCUGAGCCCCCCCCCAGCACACCUGCAGCUGCUGCCAGAGCCAGGGACACAGGUGGGAGCAGCCCCAGGUGCCACGUCGGUGACACAACUUGGACUUUUCACCUCGACUUGGACUUUGCCAGCUUUUUCCACCAGUUCUGGUUUUGGUACCAAUAAAACUGUGGCCAGCUCAAGGCCAGUAAAAGCUGCUCAGCAGAGGGGGGAAAAAGCCCUCAUUAAAAUCUGCUGCUUUCAAUAGCACCGGGUUCACUUCCAGCUCCUGCUGAGUGAGCUGAGCAAGGGCAGGACGAGGUUCUUGUCCUCUCUGUCCCACCACCCACCCCAUCACCCCACAUUUAGCUCUGGGGCCCUCAACAAACCAUCCCUGGUGCCCAGCAGGCCUUAAGGACUGCACAGUUUUGGAGCUUCCAUGGAAGCCUUGAUCAGUUCAAGCUGGCUUCUAAGUGUGCUGCAGAAGGCAACUUUAAAUUAAAGUUCCUUGGGUUGGGGAGGUUGUGCAGCCAUGAAGGAAUAAGGAAAAGCCAAACAUGUAAUGUAGGAAACACUGCCCAGGUGAGGACUGCACCACCCUAACUGGAAAGAAAAGAUUAUCACUUUGUAGAAGAUUUGAACGUACCUGUUCUUCCCAAAGAGAAGGGAAUUCCCUUUUGCUUCUGGAUCUAACUUAGCUGGGCAAGGUGCUGGCUGCCUUCUGUGCACCCAUGGAAAGGAAGGACAGAGACUGCUUGGGUAAAGCCAGGUACCUUUUGUAAAUUAAGUGUUUUUCUUUUUUAUUUAAAUUGAUUGCUGGAAAGCAUUUUUAUCGUGAUGUGAUGGCUAAUGAAUUUUUUUUUUCCUUUUUUUACAAUAUAAAGAAGCUAAAGUACCACCAAAGCUAUUCUGUAAGAAAAACGGCAGCACGUGCAACGUUUAAACAAAAACAAACCCAAAAAAAAAGGGGGGGGGAGAGAGAGAGAGAGAGAGAGAAAAGUACCACAUGUGAUUGUUGUUCACAACUGUACAAGUCACAGGAGGUCACCCCCAGGAGUUCCCAGCUCAUUCACAGUAGUAAAAACUCUGCCUAUUGUUUUCAGCCUGACCCCCCCAAUCCCUCCCCUGCUCCCGGGGCUCUGGGCGGGCCCAGGGCUCUGUCUCGUGUCCACAGCACCCAGAAUGUGCAACUACAUCCACCUCUGGAACAAGGCUUUAACAUAAAACCAGCCCGGGCGAGCCCCACCGGCUGCAGGAGCGAGGGUGGGGGCAGCGAGGGGGGCAGGGACCCUUCCUCCCCCGAGCUUCACUGCUGCUGCUGCUCCUGGAAACCAAACAUCCCACGGAAAAAGCCACCUCUGCAGGGCUGGAGCACGGCCACAGUCCCUGCUGCUGGGUGCUGCCAGGCCCCUGUGCCAGGGCAGGGUGGCUCUGUACCAUCCGCACGAAGUAAACAUGGACGGGAACUUGCCUUUUUUUUUUUUUUUUUUUUUUUUGUCUUUUUAUCCUUUUUGUCUGUCUUUGGUAUUGUUUUCAAAGUUGCUAGAGAUGCAUAGACACCUGAAUGAGGAGGAACUGAGCCCAGUUUCCAGGGAGGAGGAGAGGUCUGGGAGGGUGGCUGGGGUGGGUGUGGAUGGGGUUUUUUUGCUCGAAGUACCGAUGGGAGGAGCAGAGCCCCUUCCCUUCCCUGUGGAGUCACACCCAGGAGUUCCUGAAGGCAGAGAACAGCCUGUCCAUGGUCCCUGUGCAGGGCUCUCCAGCUCCAGUGGAGUGUGGAAGGGAACGGGAAUGCUGCCUCCAUCCUCCAGCAUCCUUCUCUUCACUUGGCGUCGUCCCAGGACAACAUCUUUGGAUAAUUUUCCUUCCUUCCCUUUUUUUUUUUCUUUUUUUUUUCCUUUUUUGACAGUUCAGAAAUCUUCUGUGUGGUUCUUUUGUUUUGAUUUUUUUCCCCAAA